AGAAUAUAGGACGGAGGAAGAAACCUUGGAAAUAGAGGGCACAACCAUGUCUAAAUAGUUAACCUGCUACAGUGUUCCCAAAAUCUAUCCAGAUAUACCUGAAUUAUUGAUAUUGGGUGCUGAAUCCAUGUAUAUUGAAACUUUCAAUAGAUUCCAUUUUGCCAGGACAAUAGGGAAAUGAACGUCAUUUAGACAUCACAGUUUAUUUGUAUCUUGGCUUUUCUUGCUGAUUUACCAUGGGUGGGAGGCAGAAGGGAAGGAGAAAUUUCCAUUUAAAGUGCCACAAAGCUCAAACUGCUUGGCUGGUAACACCCUCCUGGUGGACAAUCACUUAUGUCACUUAAGCUAUAAUCCUAUGAUGGCCUGGGAUUCUCAUCUGAAAAAUAACAUCUUUUUUUUUCCAUAUGCUGUACCAUCUUAUUAGAUAUCUGUGGAAGUACUUCAGUGACAUUCCUCACAAUUUCAAAAGAAGACUGUGCAAGACUUUCUUCAUGGUUCAUUGUAAACUUUUGAACUUCCUCUGCUGAUCAGCCGCAGUAGCAUGUUAACCUUAUAAGCAUGGCACAAAGCCCUUAUUUUUCCUACAGGCUUUUUAAAAAGGCUGUAGGGAAAAUGAUUUAAAAUAAAUAUUAAACAUUAUUUUUUAAUUGGGUCACUGUAUUAAGCAUAAUUCUUCAUAGGCAACUUAAAUAAUUUUAGUGAGUUAAGUAUAUGUACUGUGUUACAGAAGAUGUAUGAUUUAACUUUAAUAAUGAGAUUUUUAUUUGGGGGUUUUUACUCUGAAGACAGCUAAGAAAAAUUUCAGAGCUUCCCAAAACCACUCUUUCCAAAGAAACCACAAUGUUACAGAGCCCUUUCAUCAUCCAGCAUACGGUACCAUAGAACACAAAAAUAUACACUGUACUACUUUAAAUUAAUUCAUAUUUGCAGGAGACAGUCUGUGUGAGUAUGUGCAAUUAUGAAAUGCAACUUUUUUUUCCUCUUGACUUUUUUAGCUGCCUCACCCCUUUUAUUUGAACACAUGCAUAUGGUGUGUGAGAGUGAGCAAGCUCUCUGUAAAUGUUUGGAAGGAGCAUCUGUCAGACAAUAAAACUUACAAGAAAAUAUGCUUCUCAUUUAAAGUGUAUUCACUAGAACUAUUCCAGCGUUGGAAUCAGUUCAUUUGUAUAACUUAGAGGCAUUAAUAAGAACAGAGAACUGUAAAGUCACCAGAAAACCCGAAUUAUUAGUAAGAAUCCAAGGUAUUUUUUUUUUAAGCAUUUCAUCUAUUCGGCAUUACAAGCUUCUGAUAGGAACCUGAACCAGUUGACAUACAGGAAACCUCUGAUAGUCCAUCCAAAAAGAUUGCAAGUAAGAAGAUGCCAUGCUUUUUGCAAACCUGGAAAGUCUAAAGAUUACAAUAAUUGUUGGACCAAAGGGACCCUCUUCAGGCAUAAAUAGCAAGACUCCUACUGUCUUCUCUUGCAGACCAACUCAGCUGCCAGCAAAAGCAGGUGCUCUCCCCCUACCAGUGCUCCAGAGGAAAUAUUUAGGAAUGGAAAACUUGAUGUUUGUCUACUGCUCCAGCAAAAUUAUCUGGACAUUGCUUGUAACAAUUCUAGGUUAUGCCAGCAGCCUGCCUGUGCGUGAUGAUUCUAUUUGCACAGCAGAGGAACUUGCAAAGUACAGCAUAAUCUUCACAGGGAAAUGGAGCCAGACUGCUUUUCCUAAGCAGUAUCCACUUUAUAGGCCACCAGCACAGUGGUCAUCAAUGCUAGGUGUUACUCAUAGUUCUGACUACAGCAUGUGGAAAAAAAAUGAAUAUGCCAGCAAUGGUGUACGUGAUUUUGCUGAAAAGGGUGAAGCAUGGGUAUUAAUGAAAGAAAUAGAAGAAGCUGGAGAGAAAAUUCAGAGUGUACAUGGAAUCUUCUCUGCUCCUGCCAUUUCCAGUGGUACAGGACAAACUUCCACUGAAUUAGAAGUGCGUUCAAGACAUCCCUUAGUUUCAUUUGUUGUACGAAUUGUGCCAAGCCCCGACUGGUUUGUGGGUAUUGACAGCCUAAAUCUCUGUGAAGGAGACCACUGGAUGGAAGAAGUAUCAGUAGAUCUAUUUCCAUAUGACGCUGGAACAGACAGUGGUUUCACAUUUUCCUCCCCGAACUUUGCCACUAUUCCACAGGAUACAGUUACAGAGAUCACUUGUUCCUCCCCAAGUCACCCAGCAAACUCAUUUUAUUAUCCCAAACUCAAAAUUUUGCCACCUAUUGCUCAAGUAACAAUGGUGAAAUUAAAGAAAAACCAGCUGGGUCUUCCUAUACCUCAUCUUAAUCAGCCAGCUAAAAGUAAUGAAAUAUUAGACUCCAUCUCAGAAACACCACUGGACUGUGAGGUUUCCCAAUGGUCUUCCUGGGGUCUCUGUAGAGGUCCUUGCAGAAAACCAGGGACCAAGAUCAGAACUCGUUUUGUACUUCUUCACCCUGCCAAUAAUGGAACUCCUUGUCCAAAUCUGGAUGAAGAAACAGGAUGUGAACCAGAUAAUUGUGUCUGAAAUAAAUAAAAGAUAAUAAUUUAGAUAAUUUAAAAGUAGGAUAAGUUUAACUAAAUCUAAACUAUGUCAUUCAACGUUCCUUAUAAUUCAGGUAUGCUGCACUAUUUUGUGGAAAAGAUAUUAGACUGGUUUUGAAAGUUGUUGUUUAAUAUCAAGAUUUUUGGGUCGUUAAAUCCUUAAGGUUUAGUAUGACAACAGUUCUCGAUCAUUUACAGACCAGAAAACCCAAAUAAAUCUUUGUUAUAAAUAUACUGUAAGUUCUUGGAGUACCCUCUAGUGGCAGAAAAGAAGACAUUUGGAAAGAUUACGCUUCACACAUGUAAAAAUCUUUCUAUCACAAAAUCUAAACUGGUAACAUUCUUAAAUGCUGUAAUUUGUUGAUUUACAACUAUUUAUACCUAGAAAUUAAUUUUUCUCUAAAUUAUGUUUAUUAUAAUUUAUUGGCAUUUUUGUCGUCUUUCUAAACAUGUUUUACUUGCCUUUCUUCAGAAACUACUUAUAUAAAUCAGAGUGACCAGAUGUUUGCAGUAUGGCUAAGAGAAUAGUAUGACUGAGUAAACUUGUCUUGAGACU